CAGUCGCCGAUUCGAACCGCAGGACGCUAUGUGCUCGUACGGCCCGCGCACCGCACGUGAAUUCAGACUCGCACGGUAAAACGACGCUGAGCUUGGUGGGACUUUAAUCGUCGGUGGUGACUUAACAACAAUUAGUUCAAUUUCUACAGUGCUACGAUCAAUCAACUCUCAACCAAAUCAAGAUGUUCAUCACAAUCGAGCUUUCCGAGCAGUUUCGGCAACUACUCCCCGUUAUUUUCGGAGCAUUUUUGUCGGUGACGUUUGGAAUGGGUUUGGGAUGGCCCUGCAUUGCCUACCCCUAUCUUUUGAACGACGACGUUACACCUAUUCCCAUCACUCUGGAUGACACCGCACUCAUCGCGGGCUUCCUCAUGGAAGGCAACACCAUCGGCUCACUGUUCUCAACUUCAAAACUGCUCCCAGCCAAAUUGGCAGUCUCCUUAUGCUGUUUUCUGCAGAUUUCUGGUUGGGUGCUGAUGUUUUACUCUCGCAACAUAUUUUGGUUUCUCGGCAGCCGCGCUAGCGUUGGCUUCGCCAACGGCUAUGGCAUGGGCCAACUGAAGCGCUAUAUCAAGGAUACUUGCGAUCCUGAUCUCGCCGAUACGAUCAACAACUACCUCCCAGUAGGGAUCAACGUCGGAGUGUUGAUCACCUUUACUUAUGGGGCCUUUGUGGAUUUCCGCUCACUCGCCCUCUAUGCCGUGAUUGUUCCCAGUAUUGGUUUUCUUGGCUUUACACUCAUCCCCAAAUUAGAGCGCAAGACUGACUCUUCUCAGAGAGUGCGCAAUGCUCUGGAGAGCACCAUGGAGAAAGACGAGAUGUCUAUGGCCAAGAACAUUACACCACCGCCAGUAUUGGAAACAGCUGAAGGCGAACGCGAGUCCAACACAGUUGGCAAACCUUUCACCGUUUUUGAAGUGCUGCGAGACCGCGACAGCCGCAACGGACUUUUUCUCAUGUUCCUUAUCGUUUUCGUGCAGCAGUACAGCGGCGGACCUGCUAACCUGGUCUAUUCCCAGAUUAUCUUCACUUCUACUGCGAACCCAUAUCCAAAACUGUGCUCCAUUAUUUAUGGCAUCACCGCGCUGAUCAACAUCAUUCUGGCACUUACUUUUGCAAAGAACAUUCGCCGCAAGACGAAUCUACUUGUCGGCACACUGGCGUGCAUUUUUUGCUACGUGUUGGUAGCGUUGUAUUUCUUCCUCCGCAACGAGUUAUAUCAGAUUAACGAGCUGUUUACUUGGGCGCCACUCUUCCUUCUAAUGUUGUGGAACGUUUUUCACACGUUCAGCUUUGGCGUGCUAUCGCUGCUGCAACUGAAAGAAAGUCUUCCAAAACGCUCCCUCAACGUGCUGAGCAAGUUUUGGACCAUUCACUUCUCCAUGUCUGCCGUCAUAUCGACAAAAAUCUUUCAGGUGAUUUUUGGUAUGUUUGGCAUGGGCAUGGGCUACACAUUCUUCAUUUUUGUUCUUGUCGGGAACUUUUUGAUCGCCAUCUUCAUCAAGGACUACACGCCGAAGGGAAAGCUCGAGGUGAAUGGAGGUGUCGAGAGCGCGACUGUACAAAGAUUUUAAAUCUCGCCAUUUUUUGGCGAAGCAUUCGAAAACAUGUGUGAUAGCAUUAGACUACUGUGUUGUAACUGUUAAUAUUUGUAAAUUAAUAAACCUUAUGUUGUUGUGUUUUUUUAUAUAACUUA